CCUCAUUAAAAGGGAAAAGUCAGACCGGACGUGAACACAGCACUAGGUUUAUUUAACUCCAGGACUGCAGGGUGAAGAUGUCUGCACUCUUUAAAGCAAGAAAAGCUCUGACCUGGUCUCUGCGCAGCCGUCGAAGUUUGUCUCAGCUGGCGGAGUUACCGGAGACUCACCAGCUCCUGAGGCAGACCUGCAGAGACUUUGCCGACAGAGAACUGACCCCCAUUGCUGCCAAACUUGACAGAGAGCAUACUUUCCCUGCCAAACAGGUUCAGGACUUGGGGGCGAUGGGGGUGAUGGCCAUGGAGGUUCCGGAGGAGCUGGGUGGAGCUGGGAUGGACUACCUGGCCUACGGCGUGGCUGUGGAGGAGAUAAGCCGAGGCUGCGCCAGCACUGGCGUGGUUGUCUCCGUUAACAACUCUCUCUACAUCGGACCCAUACUGAAGUUUGGCACAGAAGAGCAGAAGAAGAAGUGGAUUCCUCCGUUCACCAGCGGGGAGAAGGUGGGCUGCUUCGCUCUCAGUGAGCCAGGUAAUGGCAGUGACGCUGGUGCUGCCUCCACCGUGGCUAGUCAAGAGGGGGAGGAGUGGGUCCUGAACGGAACCAAAGCCUGGAUCACUAACAGCUGGGACGCCUCUGCCACUGUCGUCUUUGCCACCACGGACAAGAAGCUCAAGCACAAGGGAAUCAGCGCCUUCCUGAUCCCAAUGCCUCAUGCAGGACUCUCUCUUGGGAAAAAGGAGGACAAGCUGGGCAUCAGAGCAUCUUCCACCGCUAACAUCAUCUUGGAGGACUGCAGGGUCCCGCUGGACAACAUGCUGGGGCCGCGAGGAGCAGGAUUCAAGAUCGCAAUGCAAACCCUGGACAGCGGACGGAUCGGUAUUGCGGCUCAGGCUCUUGGCAUCGGUCAGGCCUCUCUGGACUGCGCUGCCGACUACGCACACAAACGCACGGCGUUCGGAGCACCCAUCGGCAAACUGCAGGCCAUUCAGUUCAAACUGGCCGACAUGGCGGUGGCGAUCGAGAGUGCUCGCCUGCUCACCUGGAAGGCUGCCAUUCUCCGAGAUGCAAAAAAACCCUUCACGAAGGAAGCAGCCAUGGCCAAGCUGGCAGCGUCCGAGGCCGCCACUUUCUGCUCGCACCAGGCCAUCCAGAUUCUGGGCGGGAUGGGUUACGUGACGGACAUGCCCGCCGAGCGGCACUACCGCGACGCUCGCAUCACAGAGAUCUAUGAGGGCACCAGCGAGAUUCAGAGACUGGUGGUAGCGGGACAGAUUCUGAAGGAGUACCAGUCAUAGAGCCUUGGACCCAACGUGGACCUUUAGAACUGACAUCACAUACGCCAAAGCUCAGGAGUUUCCUGUGAUGUCACAUCAUCAUCCUCAGCCUUAUUUCUCACGGAUCUGAACUUCAUACUUGAAUAAUCUGCCUUCACGUAUUCUCAGAGCUGCUUUAGUUCAUAGGGAGUUCACCUCCAUUUAAAAGAGACACCUUUUCUUCAACUCCUGCAGGUAAAUUAUAUUUAUAAAGCUAGAAAUAAGCCUGUUCAGAUAUUCUCCCAGUGCGUUGUACAUGAAUCUAAAGCUGCUUUGACGUCCAGAAAACUGCUAUUCAGACACAUUUGGAAUGUAACGUUCAGCCCUCUGCUGGCCAAGUUUCAUCCUCCAACUGUUUGAAUGAAUGAUGUUAAACAAAUUAGUAACUGUACAUAAUCUAAUUUAUCAGUCGGUCCAACAAAGCUGGAUAAAAGAUAUAUAUUUAAUCAGAUCCAAACUGAUCCUGGAACUCUUUUCACAAUCUAAGGUUCAACAACCAGCUUUGGAACCAGAGGAAGUUGGUAACAACUAAGAAUAACCUGUAGCUCAUAUGUAUAUAAAGCCAGAUUUAUUGCUUGAAAUGGUGCCAAUGAUCAUCGUUGUUUUGGUCUUAAAAUAUACAAUGGCUAAAUCCCAGUUCUAACACACUGACUACGUUUACAUGCAGUCAAUUACCCUUUUCUAACCGGAAUAUUAGCAAUAACCCGGUUGCUCACGGCCAUGUAAACACCAAUAACCCCUUUGAAUAACCAGAAUUUGCUCAUAUUCGGGUUUUUAAAAACCAGAAUAUGACCCCUGGGUUACUCCUUUUCUAACCCGAAUAUUUGGUCAUGUAUUCGCCUAACGGGACCAUCAAAAGGAACAUGAAUUUGUUUUGUGCACAUGUUCUUUUCGCAAGGAAUCUUGGUCUUUUGAGUCCAGGAAGUGACAUAUAGAAAUUCUCACGCCAGUCGGCGUCGGGUAACACCAUCAUUACCACCCGUUUCCACCUGCGCACCUUCAUCCAAAGUGUCACGUUCUCGUCUUCCAUUAAUGAUGAAGGCGACGGGGAAUAGUGUUAACCACCGGUGGUGUUGGGUCAGUACCAGCAGCAAAGCGCAAAAUAAGGCGACUUCUACUGGACUGUUCAUUAUCUGCCGUAAUGCUGUUAUUGUUGUUGAUUUGGAUACAUACAGGAAGAAGAAGCGGAAAUGACCGGAAUUUGUGUCAUGAUGUUCUCCGUGCGUCGCUGGUUUGAUCGAGAUAUCCCAAAUGAUUACAAUUACCAUGUAUACAGGGAUAACCCUGUUUGCUCACGCAUGUAAACAGAUUAUCCCGAAUGUUUCAGUAACCGGAAUAUUGACCUCAACCUGAAUUUUGACUGCAUGUAAACGUAGUCACCGAGAGGGAAAGCAGAGCGGUUUCUAGCUGCAUCCAGGCUAAACAGAUGCAGUUCCUUCUACAACCACCAGGGUACAUUAACCUCAGCGUUCAGAAUUCAUGGCAAAAUAAAACGACGUGUUUUCCUCUGUAGACACAAGAAUAAGAAUGUUUGAGUACCUCAUUGUAAAGAUCUGAAAUUAUGAAGAGAUAAAAAGAUAAUCAGUUUGUUCAAUUAAAUUCUGAAUACCUUAUUUAUCAGGAAAAAUAAAUGUUGUGAGAUGGAAGAGUUUUUGUCAAUUGUGACUUAACAGAAUUUAAAUUUGUAUUUUUCUCUCAAAAUUUUUGUUUUUUUUUCCCCUAAAUUUUAUUUUCACCUGUUUGCCUUAACACCCUAUCACUACCGUACACGCACACACUGCAGAUGUGUUUCUGUUGGUGGCUCUGGUGGUCGCACAUGCAAGGAACGGCCACCAGGGGGCUCUAAAACCUCGAGGUCAGCCUCAACCUGUACCUCAUAUGUACAGUUUGUAUAUUCAGCCACCAGAGGGCGACUUCUGGAUCCGCUCUGGUGCUUUCAUCACUGCUGCGUCUGCGCAGGUGCCUGAUCUGCAGUGUUGAAUUUGAAUGUGAUUGUAAAAUCUCUGAUUAAACUGCGUACCUCACUAAUUUGUACAUAUUUAAAUGUAAUGUACUGUGUGUUGUUGAUAAUAAAAAUAAACCUGCCCCGUGUAGCACCUACAUGUGUAGUAAGUGCUCCACAUACAGGACUGUCUCAGAAAAUUAGAAUAUU